AUCGACAUCCGACUCUUUCGAGUCCACUUUUACUACUUGUUUGCGAUACGUGCACUUGCGUGUUAGGUAUUUUGCCCAACAAUAUACAUAAGAGAUGAGGGACUAAAAUGAUGCAUUCUAGCAAUGAGGGACUAAAAUGAUGCAUUUUAGAAAGGGUUAAUAGCAUUUUGCCCCCCAGACUUUGAUGUGUUUUGCACAUCACCACCUAGACUAAAAAAAGUUGCACGAUGCCCCCCCAAACUCUAUUAUUUAGAGCACCCAUCACAUUCUUCACCUGAAAUGCGAGUGUGCCAAUCAGACGUGAAUUUUCAGGGGCAAAAUUGUCAAACCAACUAAUUUUAUUGUAUCCAUCUCCCCGUCAUCAUCUUCUUCAUCACCUUUCACUAACCCAUUUCUGUUGGAAGUUGAUAAGCUAGAUUCAUUUCAAGGUAUUGAAGACUCUAGAAUUUUCUAGAGAAUGAAUGUGGACAAUGCAUGAAUGUGUCUCUUGGUUUGAUUCAUGUAUUUAAUUAUCGUAUUUAAUUAGGGAGUUAUAAUCUUAUUUAUUGUUGGGUUCAUGUAUUAUGUCUAGAUACAUGCUAGGAAAAUAGUAUAAAUAGCUAUGUAGUUUUUCAUUUGUAAGUGUGUCAAAAACAAGAAGAAGUCUAGUGAGAAAAAGAGAGUCUUGAGUGAGUUUUUUGUAAUAGGGUCGAUUGAGUGAGAAAUAUAAUAUAAGUGUGUGUUUUAUCUCCUCUCCACUACUCCUCCUCUCUACUUUGAUUUUAUUCCGCUGCGUGUUUAUCACUCUAUAUAUUUAAAUCGAUCCAACAAAGUGGCAUCAGAGCCACGUUUUAGAGAAGAGAAAACGAUGGCAAACUCAAGUGCAUCUUUCCCAUUCCAAAAGCUCGCGAAAGAAAACUAUGAUCGGUGGAGCAUUCAAAUGAAGACUUUUCUUGGUGGACAAGACGUUUGGGAAGCCGUUGAAGAAGAAUAUGUAGAACCGGAGAAUUUGGCUUCGGCAAGCCAAGCCCAAAAGAAGACCGCAAAAGAAGCAAUGGUGAAAGAUCAAAGGGCUCUUUCCAUCAUCCAACUCGCCGUAGAUGAUAGUAACUUUGAGAAAAUUUCUCAAGCUACUACGGCGAAACAAGCGUGCGACAUUCUUAGCGAUGCUUUCAAAGGCGUCGAUAAGGUGAAGAAGGUACGACUCCAAUCACUUCGUGGAGAAUUCGAGUCGUUGAAGAUGAAAGACUCCGAAGAAGUUUCCGACUACGUCUCAAGGGUGGUUUUGAUCGUUAACCAACUUGAGAGAAAUGGUGAGAAAAUGGAAGAACAAAGGGUCGUCGAGAAGAUACUUCGAUCCCUUACUGAGAAGUUCGACUACAUCGUCGUGGUAAUCGAAGAGUCUAACGACGUUGAUAGUCUUAAGGUGAACGAGAUAUUGGGCAAAUUGCAAGUCAUGAAGAGAAGAUCAAAAGGCGAAACAAAGGGCCCGAAGUAGAGCAAGCCCUUCAAGCAAAGACGAACCACUCCGACCAACCGAAAUAAGAUGGAGCUCGUUUUCGAGGUAGAGGUAGAGGCCGUGGUCGAGGACGCGGUCGUGGUCGUGGUAGAGGUCGUGAAGGACAAGUCUCUCACAACAAUGUCGAGACUAAACAUGAGAAUCGACCAACAAGAAGUCGUGGAAGAGGUGGCUUCAAUCGACGUCAAGACAAGAAGGAUGUCGAGUGUUACAAUUGUCACCAAUAUGGACACUUUGCAUGGGAGUGUCGAAAUGAGUCAAGUGAGGAAAAGACUCAUUAUGCCGAAGAAGCGAAGAACGAAGUUGAAGGCUUAUCCCUAAUGGCGUGCAAAACAACGACGGAGGAGAAAGAUAGCUUGUGGUAUCUUGAUUCGGGUGCGAGCUGUUAGGAUAGUAGACUAAAAGCCUAGCUUUUAUCUAUGUAAACAAUUUCCUUUUAAAUUAAUAAAACUUUAUUUUAUUUUUCGAGAAUUGCAUAUUGGAUAUUAAUUGCAUUUUAAUUAGCUUGUUGAUUAUUCAAUAUAUUUUAAUGCAUGGUCCUUAUAUUUCAAUAGUACUCGAAUUGGUGUCCUGACUUAGAUGUAGGGCACAGAAGAUCUUUUCGAGAGUUCUUUUGAAAUAUUAAGAUAUAAUGUUCACAAUCUUUAAUGGAAUUGGACAAACCAUUAGAAAAGAUUGUAGUGCAAUAUUUAAGUAAUUUAUCUUAAUUACGGUAAACGGAUAAUAACUUUAGUAGUUAUUGUUUUGACUUAUUGCACUAGCACACCCGGCAUGUGUUGAACAUGAAGAAGUGAAAUGAUCGUCUCGUAGAUGUUAAAUCGAGAUAAUAUCAUUUCUAGGGUUUUCAGAAUAUUAUUUGUUUCUCUCAAUCCCUAGAUAAUUAAUGUACAUAUUUAGUUGAUUGUCUCCACUUUGAUAUUCCAAUGGGAGAGACUCCUUUUUGUGAGUCAAGCGAUUCCCGGAUCAUUGGGUGGAGAGACUCCUUUUUGGGAGAGUGCAUUGCGAAGAAGGAUGUUUAAGUGAAGUUCGUGAAAUCGGAAGAUCAAAUUGCCGAUAUCUUCACGAAGCCCCUCAAGAGAGAGUUGUUCGAAAAGUUAAGGAGUCAACUUGGAAUGCGAGAAUCAAGCUUAGGGGGGCGUGUUGGAAGUUGAUAAGCUAGAUUCAUUUCAAGGUAUUGAAGACUCUAGAAUUUUCUAGAGAAUGAAUGUGGACAAUGAAUGUGUCUCUUGGUUUGAUUCAUGUAUUUAAUUAUCGUCUUUAAUUAGGAAGUUAUAAUCUUAUUUAUUGUUGGUUCAUGUAUUAUGUCUAGAUACAUGCUAGGAAAAUAGUAUAAAUAGCUAUGUAGUUUUUCAUUUGUAAGUGUGUCAAAAACAAGAAGAAGUCUAGUGAGAAAAAAAAGAGUCUUGAGUGAGUUUUUUGUAAUAGUGUCGAUUGAGUGAGAAAUAUAAUAUAAGUGUGUGUUUUAUCUCCUCUCCAGUCUCCACUACUCCUCCUCUCUACUUUGAUUUUAUUCCGCUGCGUGUUUAUCACUCUAUAUAUUUAAAUCGAUCCAACAAUUUCCUCCAAAUUGUAUCUCCCAAUUGUCUAGAUGAAUCUCACUCUCCCGCCUCUUACUUUACAGACGCACACAACACACAGUAAUUUACAGAACUUUCUUUUGGUAAGAACGAGCCUACUCAGACCCAUUACAAGAUGCUCGUUAACAAAAUCCUCCAACAAUGUUCUUCUUCCCCACCCACUGAACAAAAAGUCAAAAUCCUGCCCAUCCUUUCCUCAAAACCCCAUGUAGUACACAUCAACAUCAUCAGAUUUUCUUGUCAAUUUCCUCAGUAAAACACCCGUAAUUUCCCCCCAUUUCCAGUACCAUCUGCAAUUCUCACUUAACAGCACAAGGAAAAAGAAGACAAUCCCAAAAGUCUUUUCUCCUACAUUCAAUUUAUUAUUAUUUUUUUUUAUAACCACAUUCGUUGAACAUUGCUCGACAAAUGCCGUCGGGAAAAAUUGUCAGAUGCGUUGGCCAAAUGUGUCGGAAGUGGGUUUGGAUAUUUUGGUGAUAUACAUGUUAAUAAAAUUGGUGCUCUGUUGGUGGGGCGGUGGUCUGACGAUGAAAAUGUUGGUGAACUGAUAAAAUUAGUUAAUCAAAUGGUGAAGAAUAUGAUGAUGUGGCAGACCAUGAUUGGUGGAUAAGAUAAAUAAGUGAAUUGACAAUUUUACCCCUGAAAAACACGUGUGAUUGGCACACUCGCAUUUCAGGUGGAGUUUUGGUCGGAAAUGUUCGUCGGUGCUCCAAAGUCCAAAUAAUAGAGUUUAGGAGGCAUUGUGCAACUUUUUUUAGUUUAGGAAGUGAUGUGCAAAACGCGUCAAAGUUCGGGAGGCAAAAUGUUAUUAACCCUUUUAAAAAUGAGAGACUAGAGUGGAAUUGACUAGCAAAGAGAUUUGGCCUAUAUAAAUAUAUAAUCUGCCCGCACUAAAACAUAACACAGAAACCCUAGCUCAAAGAUCUGCCCCCUCGUUUUGGAAAAUUCCGGCCGAAACUUCAUAGGGCCUCUUUUUAUUUUAAGGUACCGUAUUUCUCCAUGCUCCUUUUUUAAUUGUUUGAUAUUGGUGUGCCAUUCAUUUAGGUCAGAUAUAUUUCUGUUCUUCGCCCAUUUUACGUAUAUUGGCUUCAGUUCGAGUAAUGCGACUCUCGGGUUUAUUGAAGCUUGUGUUUAAUUUAGGGUUUAUGUUGGAAAAAUUUGGGUCUUUAGUGGGAGUUUUGCUAAAGAUCUAGACUUGAGAUCUAGACUUGAGAUGAUUAUAAAGAUCUAGACUUGCCGCCACAAUGAUACGAAUUAGAAGCUAUUGUUUUUCUGCGGUGCUGGUCAAUUGUAAUAGGAUUUGAGUUUCGCCGUGGUUUUGGCUUUAUGAUUGCUUCCUUUGUUGUUAGAGUUUGAAAUGAUAUCAGUUUCAUUCUAAUUUGAGAAAAUGCCUGCUGACUCCUUAAUUUCAGAUAUUUGAAAAAAAAAAUGUUUUCUUUUAAAACAGAAUUGGAUGCUUGUAAGAUUGUUUACAUUGUUGAACCCGGAAACAAAAUUAGUCUCUGCAGAUAGCAUUCUAAAAGCCUCUCAUUAUUUGAAAUAACAAGCAGAUCACCAGUGCUGUAUUUGUUGGUAUUCUGUGGAUGUUGAUGCAUUCAUUUUGACUAUUUCAUAUCUAGAAAUGCUAUUGUAUGUUUUGGUUGUUUUCUAAUUUCUUUAACUUAUACGCAGACCACUCGGGUGCAGACAUGAUUGAUCGUUUUAUCCACAAUAGGAUGUUCAGGGAUUAUAAUGAAGCAAAUAAGGUGAGGUUGAACGGGAAGUAUAUUGAGCUUCAAUUAACUCGGAGGUUUAUGGCAGAGGUGGUUAUGUUGCCUAGUCCGCUUGUUAAGUGCAUUUUGGAGAAAAAUAUGGAGGAGAAGAUGCGUGUCGGUGAAAUUAAAGAAGGUGAUUCGGUUACUGUUGACCUUGGUUCUGAUGGGAAGAUAUUGGUUCUUGACAGUAGAAGCGGUACUCUGGCGGAAGAGGCUGAGGAAGGUAGCAGUGGUGCUCCGGCAGAAGAGGCUCCGGCAGAAGAGGCUGAGGAACCAGUUAUUGUCUAGAUGUGGGCCCCAUUGUCCUUUUUCCUGUGGUGUUUAUUUAUUAUUAUUUUUUUAUCGUUCUGGCUAUGUUGAGGUGACUGUGUAGAGCCAGUGCAACGAGAAUGAUUUAGAGUGCUCUUUAACUUCAGAAUCGUUCUGGCUGUGUUGAGCUGACCUCCCAAUUGUUAUAGUAGACUAAAACUUUCCUAUGUAAACAAUUUAUUUUUAAUAAAAGUUUAUUCGUUCGAGAAUU